UAUAACCGCACGCUUCUUUCAGCCUCUAAAAUACAACCGUGACGGCAGCAGAUUACCCGAACUUCAACAGAUACUGGUCAGAACUACGAGGCUCCUCAAUUUUCUUUUACUCUGAUGACAAAGAUGUGACGUACACAGAAAAACUGGACCUGCAGCAUUUUAUAUCAAUAGUUGAUGACAACAGGAAUGGUAAAGGUUUCCAAACAACUGGCUUCCGACUGCUUCUAGACAAUGGAGAGGUGAAACUUAAGGCUGAAAACAUUGAAACUAGAGAAGAAUGGAAAGGUUAUAUUGGUGUGGUCACUCAGCUGGAGGUUCCCAGUAUCUUGUCACUACUGCCUGGGCAGAUGCUACGCCUGAAAGAAGUGGUUGAACGAGAGAAAGAACGUCGGUCCACUGAAACAAGGACACGAGAAUCACAAAGCUGCUUGAUAGAGAAACCUGAUCCAGAGGUGUACGAUGAUUUAUUGAACCCAAUGCCAGAGUGUUUCUAUACAGUAACUCGCAAUGAAGCUGAAGCCAUGCUGGAAAGACACCCUGAAAAUGGCAGCCUGAUAAUAAGACCUUCCAAUGAAAAUUACUCAAUCACUACUAUGAUCACACAAAACAGUAAAGGUGUGAUAAAACAUUACAAGGUGACGAGCAUGUGUGGUGGAUUUGUCAUCGGGCUGGAAAAUCCAGUCACGUACUCCACCCUUCAGGAAGUUGUUGAUCAUUUUAUAAGGGCGACAAAUGGAGUUUUGAAACCAUACUUUGAUUCCAACGAUUAUGCCAGCAACAUUGAGAUCACCAAAGAUCAUCAGAAAAAGAUACAAAAGAAGCUGGUGCCAAUGUCAAAAGUGGCUCCAAUUCAACGUCAUUCAAUGUCACCAUCUGAAUAUCCAGACAUACCAGGGAUAAUGCAAAUGCCAUGCAGUGCUCAGCAAAAGCUGCCAUUAAAGCACCAAUCAUUAAAUCCAGGGGACUGCAGUGGAGGUCCAGUCAAGGAAGAAUCUGAACCUAAAUACGUGAAUAAUGAAAUUCUCCGAAAACUGAACCAGAUGAACCUGGCAGAUGACACGCCACCCAGUUAUAUUGCUCCAAAUCCAUGGGGCCAGAAGCAUUUUCCCAGAGGCAAUGAUGAGUCGAGCGAACUUAUGGCAAAGCUGAUGAAGAGACGACAAAGGCUGCAGGAUGAUUAAUGCACACCUCAGAGAAUAUUGUUCCAAUAAGCAUGUCUUAUUUAAUUAACAAAUGCAAGCACAUCUGCAGUGCUUACAUUUAAGUCAAAAACACUUAACCUUUGCCGUGGAAAAUCUUAAAAGUGAGAGAAGUAACUGAUUUAAGGAAUUAGAGAGUUCUAGGUUUUACCAGGUUAUACUUGUUUUGAAUCUGAUCCUGAAGCUACGCACCUAAAAUUUUCACAAGAACAAUUUAACAUAAGAGUUCUGUUUUGGAGUUAUUUCUAUUUUUACUUUGAGAGACUUCCUGAAUCAUUCAAGAGCCAGGAAUGUUUAUUUGUCAUAUGUACCGACAAUGGAACAAUGAAAUUCUUACUUGCAAUAGUUUUACAAGUUUCUGUCUUUUCUUUCAACAUACUUUAAAAUAUCAUGUCCCACAGUGCCAUAUGAGAUAAUGUUAUUUACUGCAACAUUCUACUUUACAAAAAUCAAUUUGUUAUAUCACAUAUUAUGUGAUAAUUGUUUCAUUUCUUUAUGUACAUUGUGAUUACAAUAAGAUAGCAAUGUAAAUUGUGGAAAUCUAUUGUAAUUAAAAUUAGUUAUUGUUAGUCAAGACAGUGCUAAAUUACAUGGGAUGCUGUAGUAUAAAGCGACUCACAAAAAGCAGGUACAGCAAAUAAUUAGAAUGCAAAUUAAUCGCUAGCCUAUUUUACAGAGUGGAGGGAAAAUAAAAAAUAUUUGUUUUUACUGCACAGGGUGUUGUGGAGGCCACUCCUGAAGUACUGUCUAAUGCUUUGGUCUUGGUUUAUGGAUGUGUAUGCUUACAUUGGAGCCAUUUCAGUGAAGGGCUGCCGAGUUGAUUCUUGGGAUGAAAGGUUUGCCUUACUUUGAGUAAGUUGGGCCCAAAUUGAAGGAGAAUUAGAAGAUAUCUUACUGAAAUCCGUAAGAUUUUGAAAAGACUACAUAAAGAUAGGACAGUGAGGAUUUUUAAGUUUACAGCAGGGUCUAGUUCAGCUGGGAAGGUGAGCCAAGUAAUGGCAAAUUAAAUUUAAGUCUGACAAAGGUUGCACUUUGGUAUGUCAAACCAGGACAAUACUUGCACAGUAAAUGGUAGGGCCCUGGUAGGUAUUGUAGAAGAAAGAGAUCUGGGUGCAGGGUUCCCUAAAUGUGGCAAGUCAGGUGGACGGGGUGGUGAAGAAGGCCUUUGGCAUGCUUGCCUUCAUUUGGAUGGAUAUUGAGUACAAAAGUUGGGACGUCAUAAUGCCGCUGUACAGGUUGAUGAGCCCACACUUGGAUGAUGCAGUUUUGGUCAGUUUCCUUAUUAUGGGAAGGAUGUUAUUCAGUUGGUAAGGGAGAGGCUGGAUAGGCUGUGACAUUUUUUAUUUGGAACGUUGGAGGCGGAAGGAUGACCUUUUUUAAGAAUGAGCGGCAUGGAUAGAGUGAACACUCGGUCUUUUUCCCAGGGUAGAAGAUUCUCAAACUAAAGAGAGUGAGAGCUGUGGUGAGAGCGGCGAGAUUUAAGAGAGACAACUUUUUCACCCUGAGUGUAGUUUGCACCUGCAGCUGCCAGAUGAAGUUAUGGAAACAAUUAUGACUUUCACAAGUAAUUUGGACAGGCAUAUGGAUAGGGAAAGUUUUGAGGGAAAUGGACCAAAUAGGACUCGCCCGGAAUAUCAAAUUAGUCAGCAUUGACAAGGUGGGCCAAAGGGCCUAUUUUCAUGCUUUUUAGUUCUAUGACUCCAGAUGCCUUCUGAAUAGGGGAUUGGUGGAGAUUGAUUGUACAAUCCUUGGCAUUUGGUACUCUUGAGGCUGAAAUAUUGAAUAAUUUUCAAGGAUGAAAUAGAUUAUUUCUUGUUCGAUACAGACAAGUGGUGAUGAGGCCUGGAGCUUACCAGCCAUGAACUUAUUGAUAAAGAGA